AUGGCACAAAUGGUUCAGCUCGGCCUCAGGGUCGUACAGUUUCUCCUCACGCUGAUCAUCAUGUCCUUGGUCGGCAACAUGAUCGCUGAAGCGUUCGGUGGGAACCCAUCGAUUAUCAACUACGACAUGUUCGUCGCAGUCUUUUCGAUGCUUACCUUGUUCUACGCCAUUCUCAUUUGCUUUCGAGAAUCCCUCACUUUCCACCGAUUGGUUCCUGCUUCUUUGGAUUUGCUCAAUGCACUCUUCUUCUUUUGUGCUGCGGUCGCUAUGGCUGCUGAGCUCAGAGUGCACUCCUGCUCAAACUCGGACUACACCGAGAACAACCACAUCACAAAUGGAUCGCGCAACACUGCAGGACGAUGCCGAGAAGCACAAGCUACCACUGCUUUCCUCUGGUUCAACUGGGCUCUUUACAUGGUCGCUCUGGUGCUGUCUCUGACAUCUUCUGGCGGUGUCAACCUCAGAGGUCCGCGCCGAGGUCCACAGAUGCGACAGGUUUAG